AACACUAAUCUAAUUUCAUCCAACUAAAAUUAAUAAUGUCUGCAAAAAGUAAGAAGAAUCAAAAACUUUGGUGUAGCUGUAAUCAGUGUAAUGUACUUCUGACAGCUAAAGAAGAAGCUGUACACAAAGUCAACUGUCCACCAUCUGCUGUAAAAUGGAAACACAGUUAUAUCAAACAAGAUCCAGAACGCUCUGUGCUUUACAGUACUAUAGAAAUUUACAAACCCCAAGAACGACCAAAAAACCUUUCGGAACGGGAAUUGAAUGACAUGGUCUUCAUUGCUCAAUCUACUAUGCAGUUAUGCAAAAUAGCAAUUGGAGAACCAGUUAUAUUGAUUACCGAAGACACAACAGUUGUGGCAAUAGCUUGGCCGACAGCAGAUAAAUCGUUACUAAGUGUCUCAAUGACAAAGAAUGCGAUUGACCUUAAAAAAGUGCAAGGUCUAGUUAAGGUUGAGAAAUUAGACCCCAAUGUCAGGAUUGCACGUGAGAUAACAAUAGAAGCAUUAGGGAAACAGCAUCCAAGCAAAGUGUCAGCAGAGUUGGAUGUACUGAUAAAGAAUUAUAACGAAGGGCGAAUAUAUUGUAUUGGCAAUAGAAUAAGCAUACCUUUUUAUGGACAAAAGUUGUUAUAUCGAAUUGCUGAUAUCAAAUUAGAAAAACCAAUAAACAACCAAGAGAUCAAUGAGAAGAAUAUUCGGAAAAAUCUGGCAGAAGAAUUAGAGAAUUUGAGCAUCGAUGAAAAUGCUGAUAAUGAAAGAAUAUUUCAUAACGAGAAGAAUUAUGAAAGCAGCGAAGUUAAUGAAAAAGGAAACAAAAGUCAAGAAGAAAAUUUAGAAUUCUUUAAAGCUGUCUACUCCACAAAGUGGAAAAUUCUUCAGGGGAAUGAUGAAAAAGUAAAUCGUAAAAGAGUCAAAUGCAGCGUAAGUGAUAUUGGUGGUUACGAUGAUCUCCUAGCUGAUAUUCGUGAUGUGAUGGAUAUCGGUCUUGGCAGGUAUAGAAAUAUCAAAGGAUUUGGUAUCAGUAAAGGAUUAUUAUUAUAUGGAACAGCUGGGGUUGGUAAAUCCAUGAUAGCGAAUGCACUGAUAUCAGAAUAUGAUGUCGAAGUGUUUGCUAUCAACAGUCCAGAGAUUUACAGCAAAUACGUAGGUGAAACCGAAGCGCGACUUAAGGCUAUAUUCGAGGAAGUAAAACUUAGAGCACCAAGUAUCAUCCUCAUUGAGGACAUUGAUAAUUUCUGUCCUAAGAGAAGUAGUACGAGCUCUGAACAAGAAAAGCGAAUUCUUGGAACGUUGGUUUCGUUUUUUGACGACCUCCAGGAAUUGACGGAUCCUCGAGUUCUCGUCCUGGCAACGACUUCGCGAUUGGAAUUGGUCGAUCUUACUUUACGACGACCUGGUAGAUUCGAUAAAGAAUUUGAAGUGUGCGUUCCGACGCCACGUAUGCGUCACGAUAUCUUUGUUAAAUUUUUGCUAAGAGUAUCGAACACCCUCACCGAAAAGGACGUGCGGGAUAUAGCCUUCGUUACACACGGAUUCGUUGGGGCAGAUCUCUAUGCUCUUUGCUCCAGAGCAGCGAUUCAUGCGAUAAAACGACAGCAACAACGAGAACUUUGUACAAAGGAUAUUGAUGAUAGUGAACCACGACUUACCAUACAGGACUUCUCCUAUGCUCUGACCGCGAUAAAACCAUCAGCGAUGAAGGAGGUCUUGGUGGAGGUGCCAGACGUCAAAUGGUCAGAUAUUGGUGGUCAAAAGGAAUUGAAGUUGAAGUUGAAGCAAGCUGUUGAAUGGCCACUCAAACAUCCUGAAGCCUUCACAAGGUUGGGUAUAAGACCUCCAAGAGGAGUUUUGAUGUUUGGUCCUCCAGGUUGUUCCAAGACGAUGAUCGCAAAAGCACUGGCUACUGAGAGUCAACUAAACUUCCUCAGUAUCAAGGGCCCAGAACUGUUUUCAAAAUGGGUCGGCGAAUCCGAGAGAGCUGUGAGGGAGGUAUUUCGGAAAGCCAGACAGGUUGCCCCCUCCAUAAUUUUUAUCGAUGAAAUUGAUGCUUUGGGUGGGGAGAGAAUGUCUUCCUCGAGUUCUUCCGGCAACAAUGUUCAGGAACGUGUCCUUGCCCAAUUACUUACUGAACUCGAUGGCGUUACUGCCCUAGGAAAUGUAACCCUGCUAGCAGCGACUAACAGACCUGACAGAAUUGAUAAUGCAUUGUUGCGACCUGGUCGCUUCGAUAGAAUUGUCUACGUGCCGCUACCUGAUGCGGAGACCCGACUGGAAAUCUUCCAGAUAAAACUCAAGAAAAUGCCAGCAGCAUCAGAUGUCCGGGUACAAGAUCUCGUUGACCUGACUGAAGGUUAUUCAGGAGCAGAAGUGGAAGCCCUCUGUCAUGAAGCAGCGAUGAAGGCGCUGGAAGAGGAUUUGAAUGCUGUGACUGUCACUAAAGAACACUUCAAGGCUGCGCUCGCAAUUGUCACCCCUAGGACGCCACCGUCGCUGAUAGCUCUCUAUCAAAAUUAUAUUAAUAAAAUAUAACAAGGGUUUUGCUUUGUUCGUACUAAAAUUUCAAUAUUUUACUUUUUCA